GACAUGCCAGAAAUGAAAGGUCUUGCUGGGAUUGUUGAAAGUGUCAAGCCAAGUGGCAUUAUUGGAGUUUCGACGCAGGGUGGAGCUUUUACGCCGGAAAUUAUCAAAGAAAUGGCCAAAAAUAAUGAACGACCAAUCAUUUUUGCGCUUUCAAAUCCCACUAAUAGGGCCGAAUGCACUGCAAAAGAUGCAAUUGAGCAUUCCGAUGGUAGAGCUCUUUACGCGUCCGGUUCUCCAAUGAAUGAGGUCGAAUAUAAAGGAAAAAAGCACAUACCUGGGCAAGGCAACAAUUCGUACAUUUUCCCCGGAAUUGGAUUGUCUGCAGUGACUUGGAAAGCGAAAAAAAUUCCUGACGAAGUGUUUCUUAUCGCGGCUAAGAUAUGUGCAAAGAUGACGCCAGACCAGGCACUCCAUGAUCAUGGUCUUCUUUAUCCGCCAAUAGCAAAUAUUCGCGAGUUAUCGAUUCAAAUCGCAGUCAAUGUCGGAGAGUAUCUGUAUAAGAAAAAUCUAGCCAUGCUGCAGCCUAAACCAGAAAAUUUGGUAUAUUUUCUUCUAGAGCUUUCACAAAAAAAGUAA